AUGGCUGGCUGUACGGCCGCCACUAGCUUCUAUCCAUCGUGCUCUCCAAAGAGCCUGGGCGCCACGCAGGGCGUUUGGGAGGCCCUGGGAUACAAAAUCUCGGAAGGAAUCAUCGAUAUAACAUGGGAGUUUGAGCGCGCGGGAAAGAGGCCGCGUUUGAAACGGACGGAGAGCGAGCUCGGGGGAAUGCUGCCGGAGCGAUUCAGGCAUCGGAAGCUCUGUGCCGCGACGGGGGAUUUCGGCGCGGGAUCGAAGCUGGGACAGGGCGGAUCGGGGUCUGUCUUCAAGGGUGUUCUUCCGGAUGGGAGAUUGGUGGCUGUCAAGCGGAUCGGGGGCUCUGGCAAGCAAUUCCGGGCGGAGGUGAUGGCCGUGGGGAGGAUUCACCACUUGAAUCUCGUGAGGCUGCUGUGGUUUUGCAUCAAGAGCCCGCUCCACUUCCUGGUGUACGAAUUCAUGCCAAACGGGUCGCUGGAUUCGUGGAUUUUUGGCAAGGGGAGGUACUUGGAUUGGAGCAGCAGGGUCUCGAUCGCCAUGGAUGUCGCUCGCGGGCUGGCCUAUCUCCACGAUUCAUGCCGCGAGAAGAUCUUCCAUCUGGAUAUCAAGCCUCAGAACAUUCUUCUGGAUGGGAAGAUGCGUGCCAAGAUUUCCGAUUUUGGAUUCGCCAAGAUUGUCGACAAGGACAAGAGCCAAACGAUCACGGGGCUACAUGGCGCCCGAGUGGCUCCAUUCCACGAUCACAGACAAGACAGACGUCUACAGCUACGGUGUGGUUUUGAUCGAGCUGGUUUCGACACAGCAAUCUCCAGAAUUUUCUGGCAUUCCACCUCCACAAAACUGGGAUCUCUCCUCAGCCUUGGAUCGAUCAGGCUGUUGUGGGAAUCGGCUUGGAUCUCAACAUCCUCCACUCCAGCCAAGUAA